AUCCUAAAUUUACUUGACCUCAUAAACUUAGGUUUCAACUUUCAAUUCACCUCAAUUGGCAUCAAUGAUCAACCAACAUAAGGCUGCAAAACAUUUAGUAACAGUUCCUACAGAAUGAGAGCGUAAUGAAUCAAAUAUCCACUCUCCAAAACAAUUUCACAACAUUUUACCCAUACAAAUUUGACGCAACCAAUCCAAAUUUCCUCUUCUCCAAAAUCAAAAUCACUAAACCAGUCACUUGCUUCAAUCCAUCGCAUGCCAUUUCUCAAGAUUACUCAACCAAACACAAGACGCUCCUCGUUGAGAGCUUCCAUGAGCACCAGAGGUUCAAGGAAUUGCUCGCCAGGCUCAACAAGAAGGGCUCGUGCCCCUUGCAAAUGCUUGAGGACGAUGGCGAUUGGUCCAGAGACCAUUUCUGGACUGUUAUUAGAUUUCUUAGACAGUCGUCUAGAUCUGACGAGAUUCUCCAGGUCUUUAAUAUGUGGAAGGACAGAGAGAAUUCAAGAAUUAAUGAAUUUAACUAUGAGAAGAUUAUAGAGAUGUUAGGUGAAGAAGGUUUAAUGGAAGAUGCAGUCUUGGCAUUCACUGAUAUGAAGACAUUUUGUUUAAGUCCAUCUCUACAAGUUUACAAUUCUUUAAUACAUGGAUUUGCUAGAAAUGGAAAAUUUGAUGAUGCUCUUUUUCAUCUUAAUCAAAUGAAAGAAACCAAUUUGACCUUAGAAAGCGAUACCUAUGAUGGCUUGAUACAAGCUUACGGGAAGUUCAAAAUGUACGAUGAGAUGGGAAUGUGCUUGAAGAAGAUGGAGAUGGAUGGGUGUACUCCAGAUCGGAUAACUUAUAAUGUGCUUAUCGAAGAGUUUGCACGAGCGGGUUUGCUUACAAGAAUGGAAAAGGCGUAUCAAAGGACUCGAAUGGAAAGGAUAGAUUUGAAGUCUUCUGCUUUGAUUGCAAUGGUUGAGGCUUAUGCAAAUUUUGGAGUUGUGGAUAAGAUGGAGACGGUUAUGAAGCGGGUAAGGACCAACACACGGGAUUUUAAUGAAGAUUUGGUUAGGAAAAUAGCUCUAGUUUAUAUUGAAAACUUCAUGUUUUCGAGAUUGGAGAAGUUGGCAUAUUAUAUUACGAAAAGAAGCGGUAGAACGGAUAUGGUUUGGUGUCUACUACUUCUUUCUAAUGCGUGUUUGCUCAGCCAACAAGGCAUUGAUAUUGUUGUGAGGGAGAUGGAAGAAGCAGAAGUGUUGUGGAACAUAAUGUUUAUAAACAUUGUUUUGCUAGCGUAUUUGAAGAUUAAAGACUUUACGCACUUGGGGAUCUUCCUCACCAACUUGGGGAACCAUGUUGUCAAACCCGAUAUAGUCACUGUUGGAAUUCUAUUUGACGCAAUUGAUAAAGGUUUUCGAGGGAGUGGAACGAUAGAGAAGUGGAGAAGAACGGGUCUUCUUUGCAGAAGCGUGGAAAUGGAAACCGACCCUUUAGUUCUUGCUGCAUUUGGAAAGGGCCAGUUCCUCAGGAAAUGUGAAGAGGCUUAUUUAUCUCUGGAACCUGGGACUAGAGAAAAGAAAAAAUGGAGUUACAGUGAUCUCAUUGAUUUAGUAGUGGCUAAGAAAAAUGUGAAGAAGUCUCAGUUGGAAGAAGACAAAUGAUAUCAAUGUGUCGAUCAGUAAGUUUAAGUCGCUCUGUUCAUCAAUUUUUGUGUGAGACAUAACUGAGAACACCACAGUAAGCAUCUCUUGAUGUAGCAAACAAUUAACUUCAGAUAGUCAAGACAUUUUGCUAUAUUACCCAAGACUUCACUCUUUUAUACCCUUAUUUUAAGUAGCACGAAAAAGUAAGUGUUAAAUAGGAAACAUUGAAACAGGAAAACUAUAUUAUGUACAGUAAUAUGUUAUAUAUAUUUUUUUUAAAAACAGAAAUAAAAUGUCGAAAUGUAUGACGUUGAGAAUUUUCCAGCUA